AUGGCGACACGGCGAAUUGCCCCAGCCCUUCAGGUGAGCUUACAGGGCCGUGGAUUGCAGCAACAGCAGCAGCAGCUGCUGCAGCAACACCCAGUGCUGCUGCUCCAGUUGCAACAGCAGCAGCAGGAGCUCUGGGAGUUGCAGCAGCAGCAGCAGCUGUUGUCGCCUCUGAAGGGAGUGGCGAAUUCUGCAGGGUCCUUUCGGCUGUCGAGACAGCAGCAGCAGCAACAGCAACAGCAGCAGCAACAGCAGCAGCAGCAGCAGCAACAGCUGUGGCAUCGCUGGCAAAGCCACAACCCGCAACAGCAGCAGCUCCACAGGCAGCAGCAGCAACAGCAGCAACAGCAGCAACAGCAGCAGCAACAUCAACAGCAGAGUGCCUUGUGGCAAGCACAGCAGGUGCAGCAACUGCCUGGCCUCCGCAGCAGCAGCAGCAGCAGCAGCAGCAGCAGCAGCAGGUUCUCACUUGCGCUAACGCGAGCGCUGCGUCGUUUAGAGGAGACUUCAAGCAGCAGCAGCAGCAGCAACGGGCGACCCUCAGGAGGCCGUGCUGCUGCAGCUGCUGCAGCAACGGCAGCAGCAGCAGCAGCAGCAACAGCGCUGCAGCAAUUUAACCGUGUCUUUGCUGGAGCAGCAACGAAGCCCUCAGCAGCAGAUUGGCUGCUUGUGCAUAGGGUCCUGCUGCCAGUCUUGCCCGAUAGGGUUUGCAGCUUGAAAGGGUUUUCCUUCUUCCUCAGCUGUCUGAUUGUGCAUCGCCCUCCAGCAGCACUGGCAGAUCUUUCUGCUGCUGCUGCUGCUGCUGCUGCUGCUGCUCGUGGUCCCGCUUCUGCUGCGGCGACUGCAGCAACACCUGCAGCAGCAGCAGCAGCAGCAGCAGCCUUCCCGAGGCCUUCAGAUGUCUGGGCUCCUUUACCCCUGCAGCACAAGCUCGCCAUCAUUGACUGGCUGUUGCAGCUGAAGCUGCCGGUGUCUGCUGCGGCACUUUUGUUUGACUUGGCUUACAACGAGGCUUUUGCUGCAGCAGCAAUUCCUCAUUUUGCUGCUGCUGUGAAGGGUGCAGCAGCAAUCUUCUGCAGCAACACCGCUGCUGCUCCGGCUGCUGCUGGUCCUGCUAUUGCUGCUGCUGCUGCAGCAAAUCGAGCUGGGCAGCUGCACGCUGCGGCGCCUGGAGCUGCAGCUGCAGCAGCAGCAGCAGCAGCAGCAGAUGCAGCAACAGGCAGCAAGGCAGAAGGGCUGCUGUUCCUGCUGCAGCUGCAGCAGCAGCAACAGCAGCAACAACGACGCUCACAGCUACCGCCAACAGCAGCAGCACCAGGAGCAGCAGCAGCAGCAGAUCCCUUCCUGUCUCUGCUGCAGCAGCGACAUCCGGAGACCGCAGCUGUCAGCAGCAGCAGCAGCAGCAGCAGCAGCAGCAGCAGCAGCAGAGUGCAGCCGAGCUGUUACCUCGCACCCCACAUUGACGAACAGCAGCUGCUGCUGCUGCUGCAAAUGGUUGGCCUUGAUGCUGGCUGGGCUGCUGAUGCUGCUGUGCCAGAAGCAGCAGCAGAUGCAGCAGCAGCAACAGACAAUCCUGCAGCAGCAGCAGCAGCAGCAGCAACUGCUGCAAAGCCACGACCCACAGCAGCAGCGCCAGCAGGGAAGCCUGCGAAGGGCGCUGAGUUGCUGCAGUUGCUGCAGCAGCUAUCAGCUGUGCCUAUCCGUUCUGCUGCUGCUCCUGCUGCUGCUGUUCCUGCUGCUGCUGCUGCUGCUUCUGCUGCAGCAGCUACGGGGCAGAUGCCGCUGUCGCUUGAAGGCAGUUUGCUGUUGCUGGAGUGUAUAUACACAAGAGCAGCAGAAAGGCUUGCUGCUGCUGGUGCCACAGAGGUGCUGCAAGCAGCAGCACAAGGAGUAGAUAUGCAUCUUGCGGCACUGAUAUCUUGCCUUCCGUCUCCCCUUUCUACCCUCAGCAGCAGCAGCAGCAGCAGCAACAGCACAGCAGCAGCAGCAGCAGCAGCUUGUCAGCGUACUCCUGUCUUCGAAGUGCUGCUGCCGCUGCUGUCAGGGUCUGUAGAGGAAGCAGGGCAGCAGCAGCAGCGGCUGCUGCGCUCAUCUCUGCUGCUCCUUGCUGCAGCACGAGCGCAUUUGCUGCAUCCGUUUGCUGCUGAGGUCGCGCGAAUGACAGCUGCAGCGCCAUCUUCAAAAGCAGCAGCAGCAGCAGCAGGGCCUGACCGUGCUGCUGCUGCUGCUGCUGCUGCUGCUUCAAGGCAGGCGGCAUGGCCGUUAAUGUGCAGCAGCAGCCUUGCAGCAGGAGGGAGAGGUGCAGCAGACGCCGCAGCAGCAGAAGCAGCAGCAGCAGCAGCAGCAGAAGCAGCAGGAGGACACAACCUGACUUCUCUAUACUUUCGGUCUCGUUCGUCUCUCUUAUUCUUUGCGCGAGUUAAUGUUGCUGCUGUUGCUUGCCGCCAUUUGCUGCGCUGUUUGGUAGACCAGCAGCAGCAGCUGCAGCAGCUGCAGCAGCAGCAGCAACAGCAGCAGCAACAGCAGCAACUGGCGUUUCAGGCUGAGACCAGACGCAUUCUCUUCCCUCUGCUUCAGCUCAUCCAUGCGCUAGACGCCCCUGCUUCCGUGCGGCAGCAGCUGAUAGGCAUUGCGCUCUCUAAGCGUAGCUGCUGCAUACACUUGUGGCGGCUGCAGCAGCUGCUUCUGCAACUUGCGGAGCAGCAGCAGCUGCUGCUGCAGCACCGCGAUCAACACGAGCUUCUGCACCUACUUCGGCAGCAGCAGCAGCAGCAGCAACAGCAGCAGAAGCAACCUUUGCUUCUGGGGGAGACUCCCCUCUCUGCUGCCGCAUUUGCUGCAGAUUUCGCAGCAACAAAACAGGCAAUAGAAGAGUCGCGAAUGUUGUUUAUGAGGUGUCUGGACAGCCUCUGCAUGCGCGCAUGCAGCGAAGUCUCCAGUAGCCCUGAGCAGCAGCAGCAGCAGCAGCAGCAGCAGCAGAAGCUACUGCUGCUGCCGCAACCUCUACGUCAACUACCCAACCAGCAGCAGCAACAGCAGCAGCAGCAGGUAUGCGCAGAGCAGCAGCAAUAUGCGCUGCUGCCUGCAAUCCUCGCCUCUCCUCUUGCUGCUCCUGCUGCUACGCAAUCGCAGCCGCUGCAGCGGCUGGUGCAGGUGCUGCAGCAGCACGCGUGCACCAUCAUGCGUGAAGCAGCAGCAGCAGCAGCAGGAGCAGCAACAGCAGCGACACCCGAGGAUGCUGUUUCGGCUGCUCCUGCGGCUGCUGCUGCUGCUGCUGAGCCUGAAGAGGGUUCUAGCGAGUCGAGCGGCUCACUGCCCCACGACAGCAGCAGCUGCAGCAGCAACAACACAAGCAGCAGCAGCAGCAGCUCAAGAAGGGCGCAGCAGCUACCGCUGCUGCUGCAGGUGCUCUUCAGCUGCUGGAGGCAAAGCACUGCAGCAGCAGCAGCAGCAGCAGCAACAGGAGAAACCCGUUUGCUGCUGCAGUAUGAGCCUCCACCUGAGCAGCAGCAGCAGCAGCAGGUGCUGCAGAAAAAGCAGCAGCAGCAACAGCAGCAGAAGCAGCAGAGGCGGCAGCACCUCUCAGAUUUCUCUCCGCUGGUUGCUGAGCUGUACAGACACCUCGGCCCUGCUGCUGUUGCUGAAGAUGCAGGAGGAAUAGCUCCUACUGCUGCUGCUCCUGAAGAUGUAGCAGCAGCAGCGCCUGCUGCUCCUGCUGCCUGGCUGCAGUCGCUGCUGCUGCAGAUGCCCCUCGAUGCGAUCGCUACUGGGAUGGCUGCAGUGGACGAGGAGUUGCAUUUGGCUGCUCACGACGCAGCAAUAGUGGGCUUGCAGCAACAGCAGCAGCAACAGCAGCAGCAGCAGCAGCAACAGCAGCAGCAGCAGCAGCAACAGCAGCAGCUGCUGCUGCGCAACAGUUGUGGGGACUUGGAAGACUAUCAACGAAUGCUAGCUGAGGUGUACAGACACCUCAGCCGCCUCCUGGAGCUGAGGCUGCAGCAAGCAGCAGCAGCAGAGCUGCAGCUGCUAGCAGCAAGGUUGCCUUACUUGUCUCGCCUGCCGCAGCAUCUCCCGCUCCAGCAGCAGCAGCAGCAGCAGCAGCAACAGCAACAGCAGCAGCAGCUGCAGCAGCAGCUUCUGCUGCAGCAGGAGUCGCAGCAGCGGCAUCAUUUUUUCUUUUCUGCGAUUAUUGACGAAAUCACCGCGCGGAUGACCCAAAUUAAACCCGCAGCAGCAGCAACAGCAGCAGCAGCAACAGCAGCAACAGCAGCAGCAACAGAAGGGACAGCAGCAACACCAACAGCACCAGCGACGACACCAGAAAGUGCAGCAGCAGCAGCAACGGAAGCUGCAGAUACCACGGAGCAGACGACUGAAUCACCAGCAGCAGCAGCAGCAGCAGCAGCAGCAAGUGCAGCAGGAGACGCUGCAGCAGACGAAGGAGCAUCGCUAGUGCUGCUGCUGCUGCAGCUCCUGUCAGCAGCACCUGCUGCUGUUUGGGUGUCUCUCAGACGGGGGUGGGGACCUUCAGGGGAAGCAGCAUUCUGCUGUAAGUUUAGUUUGCUGCUGCAGCUGCUGCAGCAGAUGCCUUUUGCUGCUUUCGUUAGCUGUCUUGCUGCGCUUGCUCGCCUCGAUCUGCUGCAGCCGCUGCAGCCUGCUGCUGCUGCUGCUGCUGCUGCUGCAGCGCUCGCUGAGGACCCAUCAGCGGAGCAGCAGCAGCAACUCCAGCAGCAGCUGCUGCAACAGCAGCAGCACGUAGCGUCUUUGCUGCCAGGUUGCGCCCAGCCGCAUACAGCAAACGAAGCCGCAGGAAGCAGCAGCAAAGCAGCAGCAGCAGCAGAAACUGCUGGUGCUGCAGCUGCUGUUCACCAGGUCAUAAGACGCGCGGUGUACAUACAACUGCAGCGCGAAGCUGCUGCAGCAGACCCCAUACAGGUUGGUUCAUUGCUGUGGAGUCUGGUGGCGCUGCGGUGUACUGACAUCACCUUACUCAGCCCUCUAUUUGAACGACUGGAGAGCUGGGCGCGCAUUUCGCUGCCAUCUGCGACUGGCGCAUUGAAGGGGGUUUACAAUACUCUAGCAAGGAGCUUCCCUGCUGCUGCUGCUGCUCUGCAGCGCCUUGUGGAGGAGCAGCAGCACGCCAGGAACAGCAGCUGCAGCAGCAGCAACAGCAGCAGCAGCAGCAGCAACAGCAGCAACAGCAGCAGCAGCGGCAAAGCCAUGCAGACAGUCGCAUGGGCAGCUGCCCAGGCGCCCCUGCUGCAGCUGCUGCAGCAAGCUGCUGCUGUUGCUGCUGCUGCUUCUGCUGCACCUGGCUUCUUGCAAGGGAUGCAGCCAUUUGGGGAUGUCGGCGCUGCUGUCUUGUUGCCCUCAAGAGGCCUAGUCGUUGCUCUGGCAGCUCCAGGAGUAGGAGCAGCAGCAGCAGAAGCAGCAGCAGCAGAAGAAGCAGCAGCAGCAACGCAUGCAGCGGCAGCACAUUUGCUUGCAGAUUUAGUUGCCGCUCCACCCUUAGCUCCUCUUGUAUUUGAAUCGCAGCAGCAGCAGCAGCAGCAGCACGGGAAGCAGCAGCAGCAGCAGCAGCACGGGAAGCAGCAGCAGCAGCAAUUGAUGAUGGCUGCAUGUGGAGGGCAGCAGCAACAACUGCCUUCUCUUGCUGCUGAUUUGCGGUGUACAUACACCUUAAAUAGGCUUGCAGAAACAGCAAAAACGAAUAACUUCAGACGAGCAGUAUAUGCAGCAUUUCCUUCUGCAGCAGCAGCAGCAGCAGCUGCUGCUGCUGCUGCAGUUGGUGGAGCAGCAGCAGCAGAAGCUGCUGCAGUUGCUGCAGUUGGUGGAGCAGCAGCAGCAGAAGCUGCUGCAGUUGCUGCUGCUGCUGCUGCGGCUGCCAAUAGGCAGAAGCCGUUUUAUGAGAAGCUGAUUAUAACAGCUUAA